CUUCAGUAGCAGACUGGCCGGCUCGGUGGCUCAGUUCCUCCGGAGAACCCUCUCAACGGGCGCUGCCCACCUCGGCACAGCCCUGCGCCACAUCUGGGACCGGGUCCGAUCCCAGGAGUCCAAGGAAGCCGUCCUGGGCUGCGUGCUGUGCAUUCUCAACAUGCACAAGAAGGUGGAGAACUGAGCUCAGCUCUGUGCUCACCCUCUUUGCUGGUCUGGACUCUGCAGAGAGAGAGAGAGAGGACCGGACACUCUGAGGGAUGUGAGACUCUGUCUGGACUUUGAUUUGUGUUGAUUCUGAACUCUGGAAAUGUCUGAGAGCAUCGUGAGGAAGGUCCAGCCCUUCACCAUCGGGACGCGGCUCUCGGUCCCGGCUGUGCCAAAGUGUCAGGACUUUACGCAGAGCUUCCUCCAGAGCCAGAGUCUGGAUAACUGCAACCUCCAGCACAACCUGAACUCGCUCUACCUCAGCCGGUCUCAGGUCUGCGCGCACCUCGUCUCGCCCAUCGUGAAACCGGCUUCUCCCAUCAAGCAGGACCAGGAGGACAUGGCGGCAGAGGACCAGCUGAACCAGAACGUCUCCCUUCUUCCGUCUGCCGUCUCCAGAUCCAUCAAGAAGAUCACGAUCUCUGGGAGCAGGGAAAGAUCAGAGAACAAGGUGUCUGCUGGACCUGCACGGUGCUUGAUCAGGGGGUCUGAGAACAACAACAACAACAACAACGUCAGCAGCUCGUCGGAUCCUCAGCUGCCCAGGAUCGUAGGAGUGAGCUGUGAGAGCAAACCCAGCUCUCAGUUUAAGGUUUUAUUGAAAAAAGAAAGCAGUGAUGGAUUUCAGCCGACGCAGGGACAAACUAGAGUGACCCUGAACGGAGACGAUCCUGAGCAGCGGGUUUCAGCUCCUGAAUCUCAGAGGAAGGAGCCUCAGAGGAGAGAGAGUCACCUGCACACGCAGAGCGAAGCUUCAGCAGCUGUUUCAUCUCAGAGUGACUUCUUCACUCAGCGCAACUCGCUCUUCAACAAAGAGGUGCAGCAGGCUGAGUCCUGGAUCAAAGGGAAGCUGCAGGACCUGAAGGACGGCUGCAACAUUCAGCGCUGCCCCCUGCAGGACUGGGAGGAGGCCUCGCAGACGCUCCAGAGAGACCUCAAAGACUUCGAGAACACCUUGAUCCAGCUCAACCAGAUGGGCGAGCAGCUGGUCUGUAAGCUGAACCCGUCCUCUGAGCUGGUGAGGAAGCAGCUCGGACAGCUCAGGGACCAGUGGCACACGCUGAAACAGACCGCCGCCAACCAGACCCGGGCGCUGGGUGGAGCCAAAAACCUGCAGGAGUUCAACAGGAAGGUGGACAAACUGGAGGCGUGGAUUAAAGAGAAGGAAGAGGAGCAGUCUCUGGUGAGCGUCCUCGGGGAACACGUUGACAAAAUGCAGCUGACUCGGAGGAUUCUGGAUCUGAAACAGGACGAGCAGCUCUACAGAAACCUCCACGAGGAGAUCAACCAGUUGGCCCUGAAGCUGGAGAAACAAGGGAAGACAGAUGGAAAGAACAUCUCCAGCAAGAGGAAGCACAUCAAUAAAAUGUGGCUGAAGGUGCAGACUCACCUCAAACACUACCAUGAGAAUCUGCAGCUGGCCCUGGAGGUGUCCUCGUUCUACCAACAGGCUGAGAACACGCUGUUUGCCAUCAAUAACAUGAAGAAGAGCAUACCUGCAUCCAAAGAGCUGGACAGCUUAGGCGACCGAGAGAUACGAGACAUCGCCAGUCAGAUCAUGAUGCUGGACGUGAGCGUGUCCCAGCUCUCUAACCUGCACCCUGCGCUGGCUGACGGCGUCACAGAGAAGCAGAGCGAGGUGAAGGACUGCUGGGUGCUCCUUCAGAAGGUCCUUAGGAGCGACAGGACCUCUCUCUCUCCCAUCGCCGCCGCUUUCACCAGGGAAGAUGCUGACCCCCUGACUCCAGCCCGGGAACCCCAGUGCAUCGUGGGAACGGAGACACAAAGGCUCAUGGGAAAGGAGGUGAAGGAGGAGCAGAACCGUCUGAAAGGCUGCGUGAGCUCGCCUGAAUGUGGGAUCAGUCGGAGCCAAAUCCAGGAGCAGCAAUCAGAGAACCACACCUCGUCCCCCACGGGAGACGGGCCGGCCUGCGCUCAUGAUGUCACUCUCAGACAUCCAUCAAAGGGGGAAAGCAGGAAGCCCAGAGCGGAGCCGAGGCUGGCCGCUGCCCCGCGAGGCCACACACAGCUCCACACACAGCUCCAGAAGUUCACUGUGUCUGCUGACAAGACUCUGUCUUGGCUCAAAGACAACGUCUCCAUGGCCACGCAGGUGUGUUCAGUAGCCGGCUUCGAGGGUCUGGAGGCCGCCCGGAGGAGUCAGCUCGCUCUGGACCAAGAAAUCCUCACCAACAGGGCCCGGAUCGAGGUGGUUAAAAGGGAGGGCCGCGAGCUGGUCCGCGCUCAGCACCCGGGCGGCGCCAGGAUCCAGGAGUUCCUGGGCCAGCUGGAGGUCCUGUGGGAGGAGCUUCGGAGGAGGCACCAGAGGAACGCUGUGUUUCUGAGGGCCUCAGAGGAGCUGGGCUUCAGGGUCGUGAAGGUGCUGCAGGCCCUGGGCAGCCUGGAGGCCUGGCUGGAGUCCGUGGAGCUCUCCAUGAAGGAGUCCGCUCUGUCCGGUGACCCCGAGACCAUGAGCGUGGCCGAGAGGGAGAGCUGUCUGCUGGAGAAGGAGGUGGCGGCUCGCAGCCUGGAGCUCGGCGCUCUGAGGGAGGAGGUGGAGCAUCUGCAGGGUCACAGUCACCCACACACACGUGGACUGCCUGCCCGCAUGGAGGAGGUGGAGAGGAAGUACCAUCGAGUCCGGAGUGCCCUGACCCAGCAGCACUCGGAGCUGCAGGACACACGGAUGCUGACUGAGUUCCUGGAGCGGGUGGAGCUGGAGGAGAGCCAGGAGCUCAGCGCGGGUCCAUACAGCCUCGGCCAGCCUCUUCACAGCGAGAUCUCCUCAGCUCCUUCACUGCUCGGACUCCAGAGUGGCGGCGGCGGCAGUGGUGGAUCUGAGCCCCUGAUAGAAAGCAUGGGAGACCCCGUGGAGGAGCUCAGAGAAGCUGUAGAGAUGCUGAACGACACUGUGAGGGAGAGAGGCCGAUCGCAGAGCCACGACCAGGCCAUCCAGGAGCUGCAGAGCAAGUACGCCUGCCUGGCGGUCCGGGUGGAGGAGACUCUGUCCUGCAGCAAGGAACUGAGUCUGGACAUCCUGGAGAGGGAGACGGACAUGGCUGUGCAGUGUGAGCUGGAGCGCUGCGGCCUGGACGCUCUGCAGGCGAAGCAAGACCACCUGGAGAUUGACCAUGAAGUCAUCAGGGGGGAGGUGAAGGAGGUGGAGGACCAGGCCUCCCGGCUGGAGGAGCUGUGCCCGGAGAGAGUGCACGUCCUCGGGCUGAAGAUCAGGGCGAUGCUGCAGGGCUGGACGGAGCUGGAGAGGAGCGUGACGGAGAACAAGUCACGUCUGCAGGAGUUCGUGAAGCUGCAGCGCUUCUUCAGGAGCUACCUCGGGAUGAUCUCGUGGACUGAAGACACCAGGUCCCACAUUUUCUCUGAGGCCGCCUUGCAUCUCGGGAAAGACGGCCAGAAGCCGCUGGCUGCAGAGCUGGACCUGCAGAUCGAGCUGAAGUUUGAGGAGUUUGACGAGCUGGUGGCCUCGGGGAGGAACAUCCUGCAUAAAGAACACCACCUCACACAGAUGGUAAGAGAGCGCAUGGAGGAGCUGAGGAGCAUGCUCGGCUGGAUCUCGGUGCACUGGAGGGUCCAGAAACAACAGUGGCUUCUCAAGAGGAGCCAACAGGAGGCUGCAGAGGACAACAUUUACUCUGAGGCCUCCCUGUGUCCUCCACUGACAGAGAGUCCAGCUCCCGUCUUCGAGGCGUACCCCUCCCAUCAGUCCCCAGCCGCCCCCUCUGAUGAAGACAGACUGACCGCAGCAGGAGACCUCCCUCCUUCGCUCCCACAGCUGGAGGAUGAGAGGCUGCUGGAGGACGGGUACGAGGUCAUGCAUACCAUCACUCCACCAGGCAGCGAGUCCGCCCCCUCAGAGUCUCCAAAACCCUCCAUCGUGGUCCUCAAAGACCCAAGCAGUCCCUCUUUAGGGGGCACGGUCAACCUCAUCCUCAGCUUUGCUAACACAGGGGACAGCCAGGUUCAGGUGCUGGACUCGCCUGCUGGGACGGAUGAGGUGGAGGAGGAGAGCUGUGAGUCCGUCCAUCGGGUAAGUACCUACCUGCAUGUGAAGGACAGCAUCUUGUCAGCGGCUCCCGUGUAUGAGAGCAUCACGCUGCCUCGUCUAAAGAGCCGCUCUGCAGCCUCAGCCUCCCCUACGUUCUCCUCAUCCUCCUCCACCUGCUCCUCCUCGCCGUCCUCCUCAGCGCUCGCCCCUCAGACGGCCAACGUGACCUUCCACCCGUCCACGGCGAGCAGCUGCGGCAGCGGCGGCUCCAUCUUCAGCAGCCUGAAGAGGAUGGGCAAGAAGAGGAAGAGGAAGAGAGACGCUCGCAGACACACCAUCCAGAAGAUCAUGGGAGUGGAGGAGCAGGCGCAGGGCGGGCCUCGCCGUGACGGAGAGACGAUCACGUACGACACACACACGUGGCCUCUGAAGGAAGCUCGGAGGAAGAAGAGUUCAAAGAGCAGAGGAGGAGAGGGAGGAGCGGCGUACGUGAAGAACUCUCUGCUGCUGGACAUCGACACCGAGUGCUCAGCGGACGACAGCAUCACUCCGUACGCCGUCUCAGAGGGUCCGAACCCUGUCAGGACCCACUGCAGGUUCCUCUCUCUGGGCUCCACGCUGAGCUUCGACCUGCCCAGAGACCGGACGCUGAUCCCCAGCAUCCAGGACAUCAUCACCAUUGCCCCUCCAGAGUCCAAGACAGGAGCGGGGUCAGAUCCAGACCCCCUCUCUCAGAGACACUCGGCCCUGAGCUCCUUCAAACAGACUCGAGCUGCCCCCAAACAGGCAGAGACCAGCUGUCCUCAGACUCAGACCUCAUCAGACACAGUGAAAGAUGGUCCUGAUGUGGACUCGUCUCCUCCUGUGUCUGUGGACGAGGAUCAGGAUCAGACGGUUCCCUGUAACGACCUGCUGAACUCUGAAAGCGGCGUGCAGGAGUGGGACGAGACAGACGAGAGCAGCCGGUCUGUGUACGUGAACGAACCUGAACCCAAUCACGGCUGCCUGAGCGUGCACACGCUCAUUAGAGACCUGAAGGGACACGUGUACCAUAGAUGUUCAAGGCCCCACAGCGUGCACGAAGACGGUCCUGGACUCCACUGUCAGAGUCAGGCGUCUCACAUGGUGGUGAACCUGAAGUCCUCGGUGAGCGUCCGUCAGGACUCUGUUGACUCUGGGAUCUCCACCUCCAGCAGCAUCAAGCUCUGCCCUGAAGCUGCAGGUCAGGAGACCCUGCAUCCUAAAGGGGUGUUGGGGAGGAUCCUGUCCUUGGAGGUGGGAGGCUGCAGUAAGAGGAGGGAGGACUCAGUGACACCUCCAGGUCCAGAGCAAGAGACGGACCCGGUCCGCCUCGACCGGCAGCAGUUUGAGGAGGAAGAGGAGGAGCUGGAGGACAUCUGGAACCAGAAGAGUAACUACAGACAGAGUAUCUGCUCUGACAUCAUGUACCAGCCCAACCAGGAGGAGUCUGAACCCUCAGAGCAGACCAGAGACCCCUCCUCCUCCUCCUCCUCCUCACCUCCUAAAGUCCCCGCUGUGCUCUACAGGAACCUGGCCACGGCCUCAGCACCAAACCUCCUCGUGGCCGAGUUCAAACUGCCCCCCCACAUCCAGAGCCUGCUGGGCUACGACAAGGACCUGAGUCCCAAAGGUCACCUCCCCCAGCUGACCGCAGGAGACCGGAGGUCCUGGGCUGCUUUCACUCACAGGGAACCGGCCAAUAAGAGUGCAGUGACGGUGAACGAGACGGCGUCCGAUCCGGUGAAGCUGCCAGACGUCGCGGACAAUCAGAGAUACAUUUAUCAAUACAGAGAGGACGAGGAGGAAGAGGAGGAGGGGGAGGAGGCACAGGUGGGGGAGGAGGAGGAGGAGCACGCAGGCUGUGUGAAGGACCAAUCAAUGAGUCUGCUGUCGGUUCACAUGGGAGCAGACGUCUGUCAGCAGAGGAAAGCCUCUCACAGCCUGGACUCUAUGGAGAGGCAGGAUGGAUCAGUGGCCACCAGAGGGCGCUGUGUGACAGUGAGCGGGAGGCCGGAGCUGCAGGCGAUGGAGGGAACGCUGGAGAGGAAACACAAGCUGCAGUUUGGAGGAAAGAAAGCGGCCUCCAGAGGCUGGAACAGCUUCCACGCCGUCCUCUACAGACACACCCUGUGCUUCUACCAGGAGAGGAAGGACACGCUGCGGAGCUCUGCAUGUGGACUCCCGCUGAACCUCCUGGGAGCUGAGUGCACACCUGCACCUGAGUACACCAAAAAACCCAACUGCUUCAGACUCCAGCUCCGUGACGGCUCUGAAUACCUGCUCAACGCCUCGUCUCGCUUCAUGAUGAAGAAGUGGAUGAUGAAAAUACAAGCUAACACAAGUCAGAUCGAGUCUCUCUCAUCGUUAUCCUCCGUCCCCGCUGACUCAGACUUCUCCUUCUCUCUGAAGUCCUCCUCCUGCUCCGCCUGUCACCGUCCUGCUAAAUGCUCCUGCCCCUCCCGGCAUGAUGUCACCUCCACGUUCCCCUGGCGCAAACCGCCGGGCGCCGCCCAAACCAAAGAGACGUUUGUCCUGACCCGAGAGUUCAGUCAGACGCAGCAGAGAGGAGUCCGGACUGUGGAGGAGUCCUGCUGUGACGACGAUGAUGAUGAUGGUGAUGAAGGAAGUGUGAAGCAAGCAAUGAGUCACCGUCUGUCUGACACAACCAGAGAAAACACCUCCGUCUCUCCUCGCUCCCCGGUCUGCAGCGAUCAGGACUGGCUCAGCAACAAGCGCCGCUCCCACUCCUUCACCUCGGCUACUUUUCAGAAGAUCAAACCCGUGUGGCACGCUGCUGGCGGCCGAGGCCCUGAGAGAGGUUCCAACUACUGCGUGACUCUGGUCGUAGGUGACAAAUCAUCAACAGACAGUUCUUGCGUAAGCAGAAACCCAGAGCGCCCUCUGCUGGCCUCAGCUGGAUGGCAGCAGGACAUCUGUCAGGACUCUCAGGCUUUGAGGAGCUACACCAGCCUUCCACGUCCACGAAACAAGUCUGUGUUCAAAAAGUUCUUUGGAAAGAGGGACGUCUGACACCGGAGAGGGACGUCUGACACCCGGGAGGGACGUCUGACACCAGAGAGGGACGUCUGACACCCGAGAGGGACGUCUGACACCACAGAGGGUUGAACAAAUAGCUUCCGAUGUGCAGUGCACGUGUUUGUGGAAAGCAAACAAAGCUACUACUGACUGUAUUUAUGAUCCAAAGAGCUGCCACAGUGUGUGCAUCCAUAAAUCACUUCAUGGUCUAUAAAGUCUUUUAUGAGUGUCUAACUUUUUCUUGUAAAGUUUUGGGAACACGACAGAGUAUUAGUGCCAAGUAAAGAGAAUGAACGUAACAUUAUGAGAAGAGGUCGUAACAUUAUUGAACUCCCUUUCUUUGGACCGUUUUUUUCAUGAUCUGACAGUGAUUGAGGAAACACACCUCAAGGAACGAAUGUCAACCUUUAGUAACUCCAGUGUAGGAAUCUUCAACAUAAAAUGUAAUUUCUUAGUUCAUUACAUCCCCCAGAGGAGCGCCCGUUCACCUGUUUCUACUGAGUCUCAGUUUCACUGUGAACAGUUCCACAGAGGCUUCACUCUGGCUUCCUUCAGCGGUAUGAACCUGAAACAGGAACUGAUGUUCUUGUGAUGUUCUUGUAAUUAACGGGUCUUAAGUUUGCUGAAAUAACAACAUCAUGAUGCAGAUUAGUCAAAAGUCAAAAGUCAAGCUUUGUCAGGUCUGUCCUCAAGAGGAGAAGAAAACUACGUCUACAAUGUUUGUUUGUUGAAUGGAGGUCUAUGAAAGAGGAUUAGAGACACUGAGCUCUGACCUUCUUCACGGAAUGUUCCAUUUGUUCUCGGAAUUCUGACAUCAAAGACAAAAUUCUGGAACUCUGUCUUUGAUGUCAGAAUUCUAGAACACCUGUUGUUGCUCUCCAUACCAUAGACUGUAUAUAUAAUGGACAGCGUCGCUCCACCUUUUCCCAUUGUACGGUUUUGAAGCCAAAAUAUCCCGUUCCAGAACGCUGCCAUCUUGUAAAUUCUCUGCAGCCAGAGUCUGCACAGUAGGGAAUUUGUGUGUUUCCACAGUAACAAGCUCCGCCCUACAGUACCGUCCUGAGGUCCUACGGAGUUUCUCUCUACGGCAGCUGUGAAUCAAAGUAAACCAGGAAGUAAAACCCUGUUUUUUAACCUCUAAUAACUAAUGAAGAACCUUUUCAGAAAAAAGAGGCCUUGAACACAAAACAGUCAAAUAAUAACUACAUAUCACCACAGCAUAUGGAUGUGAGAAACAUUCGUACGACGUGUAUUUAUUUUUUAAAGUUUGACCGCAGCUCCAUUCAAAUGAAUGGGGGAGACAGAGUUUUUGACCUAUACUGCAACCAGCCACUAGAGGGAGCUGUUUUUGUGGCAGCCUCACUUCAAGCCGAGCGAGAUGACGUCCAUUGUAUAUACAGUCUAUGCUCCAUACAGACUGUUUUUCCUGCUGACACCUGAUUGGUGGAUACGACUCAGACUACAGACAGAGACCAGAACACUACCCAUGCUGAAAAUCCAGAACCCUGUGUGACCUCAUAGAACCCUACAUACACAAAUAUGAACUGUCCCUUUAAGUGUAACUUCAUAAGACGGUCCAUGUUCCUCAGCCUUAAACUAAAAUCACGACCUUUAUCCUCCUAAUGUCACGACAGUCCUCUGGUCCUGAUCCCCUGUCCUACAGGAACAGGCGUGUGUGAGUGUGAUCUGUAUAGUUUGUGGAUUUCAGUCUUUAAAUAUUUCUUACUGGUCUUAUUUCUGUAUUAUUUCUUUCGUUGGAUUGUUGUGUUCUUUGUUUUUUUUACUCUCUGUUCAUAGUUCACCGUCCUGCUCACCACAGAAUCAGUCGAGACGCCACCUUUAGAGAGCGAUCGUACCCUUUUGUCUUAACUGAGCUGUGACCGCGUAUAAAGACUGUCCUUAGAUGUGCCUGAUGAUCUCUGCACAGUGUGAUCCACCACAGCAUGUUUAUUUCAUACUUCAAAUCUGCAGUUUGAUACUGCUCCGGCUGGCUCAGUACACUUUCUGAAUACUAAACGCUGCAGAGAUAUUCAUAAUAAAACACAUUUUUAAACAUGA